AUGCGUAAUCUACUUUCCACACGCAGGGAAACUCACCAGGUCAGCUCGACCGUAGUUCCAGAUCUACCUCUCGCGGCGACUGAGUGGGAUGUUUCUUCGAAUUCGAUUAUCUGUGCGUUCGGUCCGUCACUGGACUUUCCCAUCAUUGAAAUCAAUCGCAUUACCGGUGGAUUGGUGACAAAUAUAGCAUCCUGGGAUUACCAUGGGCCGUGUCCAAAAAAUGGUUUGGAAGAGGACAAGAUUUUAGAUUUACACUAUUUUGCAGAUGACUUGUCGAUAUGCCUCGUCCUUAAAGGUGGCGAUGUCAUCGUCAUCUGGGAAGAACCCCACGAUGGCCAAAGCAAAGUUGAAAUUGUCGGCUCAGUUGAGGAAGGAAUAACUGCAGCUUCUUGGUCCCCAGAUGAGAGCCUCCUUGCCAUCGCGACAGAGGCUCGAACUUUUGUUCUCAUGACUAGGCGCUUUGAGCCUCUGGCUAAUUUUAGCCUCACCGAAGAAGACCUCAAAUUAUCGAAGCAUGUCAACGUUGGCUGGGGCAAAAAAGAAACCCAAUUCAAAGGCAAAAGGGCUGCAGCACUGAAGGAUCCAACCAUGCCGGAGAGAGUUGAUGAAGGUUUACUCAGUUCCGCAGAUACCAAAGACACCAAGCUAAGCUGGCGAGGGGAUGGCCAAUAUGUCGCGCUCUCAACGGUCCAGGACGGAAAACGAAGGAUCAUAAGAAUCUUCAGUCGAAGCGGCGAGCUUGAUGGUGUCAGUGAACCGGUUGAUGGAAUGGAAGGCGCUUUAAGCUGGCGACCAUCUGGAAACAUCAUCGCUUCCGUAAAACGCACCGGAUCCGAUCUCGAAGUGAUUUUCUUUGAGAGAAACGGCCUUAGGCAUGGAGAAUUUCCGGUUCGGGUGCCUAGAACAGGCUCCCAGCCCGCCGCCAUAUACGACCUUGAGUGGAAUAUGGAUUCAACCGUUCUUGCAGUAUGCUUGGAGGAUCGGGUGCAGCUAUGGACGACAAUGAAUUAUCACUGGUAUUUAAAAAGCGAAAUAUUCUGCAAGUCUUUUCCGGGGCCGUCAUUAGAUUCUCCACCGCCACGGGUCAAAUGGCAUCCGGAGAGGACACUUCAGCUGAGCAUAGCCACAUUCGGAGUAAUAACCGAACUGGAUUUUACUUGGUUCAUCCAUCGCGGUGCAACCUCUCCGCCUUUUGAUCUCGGUAUUGUGGCGGUAAUCGAUGGGAGCAACCUGAAGUUAACGCCAUUUCGAUACGCUAAUAUGCCCCCUCCGAUGUCUCUUUGCGAAAUUACGCUUGAUAGUAAUGUUAUCGAUGUCGCAGUAUCGCCAGCCGGCGAUAUUUUAGCGGCUCUUACGGCGGGAGGAGUUGAUAUAAUAAACUGGGACGUCCCGCACCUAAAAAGAAAGGCACUAACCCAAGUCCAAAAGUUCGCCAUUAAGCUCGAGGCUCAUUUAAAUUAUCGUCAAAUAUGUUUUUUUGGGCUAGAAAAAAUUGCUUUGCUUCGGGGCACAGGUGCGAUCGAGAUAUACCAAAAAACGGAGGGCUUUUGGGGUAAAUUCGGGGAAAUCGAAGAUAGCCAGCUUGUAGACGGGGUCUCAAGCAUUACACUAUCGAGCGAUGGCUCAAGCCUCCUCUGUGAAAGUGUAUCCGGAGAAGUGGUUGUCUUUGACGAGGCACUCGUCUCCCGCGACCGGCAGAAUCACCCACAAGCAUGCCUAAUUUAUGACCGAUAUGAUGUAGCUGAGCAAAAGCGGAAAAUAUUCGCCCUAGGUCCUAGUGGGCGUCUUUUCUGCAACGGGAAGCCACUGCUGAACGGUUGCACUUCUUUUGUCCUCACAAAUCAACAUCUUAUCAUUACCACGAUACAAAAUUUUCUGAAAUUUAUUUCUUUAAGAGAUAAUACAGAUGAUUUCCAAAUUCCACCGGAUGAUGCGGCUGGUAAUGAACUGUGUCGAGCUAUUGAGCGAGGAGGAAAAUUGGUCACUGUUGUACCAUCGACAUUUGCUGUCGUUUUGCAGAUGCCACGCGGAAAUUUGGAGACCAUCUAUCCCCGGGCUCUUGUUCUAGCGGGAAUCCGAGAAUGCAUAGAUUCCAAAGACUACAAGGCCGCGUUUUCAUAUUGCAGAACGCACCGUGUGGACUUUAACCUACUUCAUGACCACAAUGCGGAGCAGUUCAUGGGUUCAAUAGAUCUUUUCCUCGAUCAAGUCGACAGUGUUCAAUAUAUCGAUCUUUUUUUGUCACAACUUCGGGAUGAUGACGUAUCUAAGUCUAUGUAUGAUUGGAGAAUAUACGACCCAACCAAGGGGGAGAAGCCCCAUCCACCAGCGGAAAUCCCUGAAAAAGUCAACAAAAUAUGCGAUGCGAUGUUGGAAGGAAUCCAGCGCAGGAAAUCCCCAAGCAUUCAAAACCUGGUGACUUGCUAUGUGAGCAAGAGACCAGCUGACCUUGAUAGUGGACUUUCAAUGAUCAGUGAAAUGAAAAAAAAUGAAUCUGAUGACGCCGAUCUAGCUAUAGAACACAUCUGCUUCCUUGCGGAUGUGAACCUGUUAUACGAUCAUUCUUUAGGGAUAUACGACCUAGAGCUCGCGCUGCUGAUCGCACAGCAAUCCCAGAAGGACCCGAGGGAAUAUCUCCCGUUUCUUCAAUCGAUCCGAGAUAUGGAAUCCUUACGCCAAAAGUUCUUCAUUGAUGAUUUCCUGGGCCGACAUAAGAAGGCAGCAAAUUCACUUCAUGAGAUGGGAGACCUAGGAUUUGUUGAGCUUUUGGAAUACACCGUGAAGCACGAAUUAUACCGACAUGUCACGAACCUCGUAAAAUAUGAUGAUGAAAAAAGGAGAAUCAUUGUCAAGUCACAUGCGGAGUACCUGAUGACAAGCUCCAGUUACAAGGAGGCCGGUAUCUCGUUUGAGUACCUCAAUUGUUGGGAAAGAGCACUGGAUGCUUACCAGAAGUGCGGCCUAUGGCAGGAAGCAUUAUAUGCUGCUAGCAGGAUACCACUCUCCAAUGAAGAGAUUACUGAGCUCAGUGGAAUUUUAGCUGACGCCCUUACCGAGGGUAGAGAUUUCAAGAAUGCAGCUACGCUAUUCCUUGACUAUCGUAAUGACGUUCGUGAAGCAGUUUCAUGUUACUGCAGGGGUUCCUUUUUUCAAGAUGCAAUGCGUGUAAUAGCCUUGAAACAAUCCUUCGAUCUAUUAGAAGAAGUGGUGGACCCGGGCCUCAUCGAAGCAUUCAACACUACAUCGGAGCUUAUCGCAGACUUCAUAGCACAAAUCAAGUCGCAAACAUCCCGUAUCAAAGUCCUGCGCGAAAAGAAGGAGAAUGACCCUGUCGCUUUUUACGGUGCCUCUGGCGAAACCGACGCUCCGGACAACGUAUCCGUGGCGGGGACAGAUCUUUUGACUGCAGCUGGCUCAACAUUUACUAGAUAUACUGAUAAGACUCCAGGUAGUAUAGCGACUAAUGCGACCCGGAAAACAUCUAAGAACAGGAGGAGGGAGGAACGCAAAAAGGCGAGGGGUAAAAAGGGAUCUGUUUACGAAGAAGAGUAUCUGGUCAACUCGAUUGGAAGGCUGAUAUCUAGGGUGAAUGAAACGCAAGAAGAGAGCCACCGAAUCAUGGAGGGUUUGAUGAGGCGGGGUAUGAGAGAAAGAGCAGAGUCGAUACAAGUUGGAAUGCAAAGCGUCCUUGCAGCGCUUGAAAUCGCACGAAAGGAUGUGUUUGAUAGCGCUCCAGCGAUGCUGACUAAUAUUGCGCCACCAAAUGAGGAAGAGUUGGAAGACGGAGCGGAAACGAAAAUGAUCAAGCCUCCGGACUUUUCAACCAUCAAGCCGUUCCAAGGACUGUCUAUAUUAUAA